AAGAAAGCAUUAAUGGCUUUGGAUUUGAAGGAGUGCUCCAUCCCAAUUUUCUGCCACUGCCGUGGACCAAGUUUCAUGACAGUUAUGAUUCAGUCCCACCAUCACGCUGCUAUUAAUAAAGCCCAUCAAUUUCAAAGAUUCCAUCCAUGCAUCUUUGUCAGCCAUUGAAAUUCAAUUCCAUUCUGCUUCUUCUUCAGUGCAGAGAAACUCUCUCUCUCUCCCUCUCUCUCCCCCGCUCCCCCCCUGUGGAAUCUAUGCUUAGGACUCGCUCCCUUCACUAACAACACUCCAAAAUAGUUGUCUUGCUCACAAAUAUUCUCGGACCUUUCUUCUGCACGCACCCACAAGCUCUUUCCAUACUCUCUCAGCCAUGACUACUCUCACGUGCUCCGCCGCUGAUCUCCACUCUCUUCUUGCCAACGCAACCAACUCUUCCGCCGCAGCCGAAUACAUUUGUAACCGUUUCGAAGAGAUUUCCAGCAAAUUUGUUGAUACCGCCUAUGCUGUCGACAACACCUACCUUCUCUUUUCUGCCUAUCUUGUGUUUGCGAUGCAACUAGGCUUCGCCAUGCUCUGUGCUGGCUCUGUGCGAGCCAAGAACACCAUGAACAUCAUGCUCACCAAUGUGCUUGAUGCUGCGACUGGUGGCAUUUUCUAUUACCUUUUCGGAUUCGCCUUGUCUUACGGAUCGCCGUCAAAUGGGUUAAUCGGGCAUCACUUUUUCGGCCUCGACCAGUUCCCUUCGCCAUCUUUCGAUUACGGGUAUUUUCUCUUCCAGUGGGCGUUUGCCAUCGCGGCAGCUGGAAUCACCAGUGGCUCGAUUGCAGAGAGAACCCAGUUCGUCGCCUAUUUGAUUUACUCAUCAUUCCUCACUGGAUUGGUUUAUCCCAUAGUCUCUCAUUGGUUCUGGUCUGCGGAUGGUUGGGGAAGCCCUUCCCGGUCUGAAAAUCUCUUAUUCGGUUCCGGGGUCAUCGAUUUCGCAGGCUCCGGCGUCGUCCACUUGGUGGGCGCCGUCGCCGGCUUCUGGGGUGCUUUCAUCGAAGGCCCACGUAUAGGCAGAUUCGAUCAUGAAGGAAAAGCUAUAGCCAUGCGAGGACACAGUGGAACUUUGGUUGUUUUGGGCACAUUCUUGUUAUGGUUCGGAUGGUACGGAUUCAACCCAGGAUCCUUCCUUACAAUCAUGAAGACCUAUAACGGUUCGGGCUCUUACUACGGGCAAUGGAGUGCGAUCGGGAGAACCGCCGUAACGACAACGCUGUCCGGUUGCGCGGCGGCGCUGACCACCCUGUUCGGCAAACGCCUUCUGAGUGACCAUUGGAAUGUGACGGACGUGUGCAAUGGGCUGCUCGGAGGAUUCGCAGCCAUAACCUCUGGGUGCUCAGUGGUGGACCCAUGGGCUGCGAUCUUGUGUGGGUUUGUGGCAGCUUGGGUGCUCAUUGGAUGCAACGUUGUAGCAGAAAAGUUAAAGUACGAUGACCCAUUGGAGGCUGCACAGCUUCAUGGAGGUUGCGGGGCAUGGGGCAUAAUUUUCACAGCAUUAUUUGCAAGGAAAGAGUAUGUGACCGAGGUGUAUCCAGGGGUUGAUGGUAGGCCAUAUGGGUUGUUCCUAGGAGGAGGUGGGAAGCUACUGGGAGCGCAUAUGGUUCAGAUUUUGGUGACUGUGGCUUGGGUUAGUGUUACUAUGGGAACGCUCUUCUUCUUGCUUCAUAAAUUGAAGCUUUUGAGGAUCUCACCGGAUGAGGAAAUGGCUGGGUUGGAUGUUACCAGCCACGGUGGAUUGGCUUAUGUGUAUAAUAACGAGGAGAUCGAGCUAGCUCAAAAAGGUGCAUUUGGGGCCAUCAGGAUGGGAUCUUCGGCUGUUUAAUUAGUUUCAUUUUGGAAAACAUCUUUUACUUCAUUUGUCAAAAUCAAAAUAGUUUGUGACCAUCAAAUGCUAGGCUACCAGUCUUUCUUUUUUCGGUCAUUCGACAUUUUUUGAUAUUGCAUUAUUCAGCAGAUAAUUUGAAGAUAAGGGCCCAUGGUGUUAUGAUUUUGUUCGUUAGGCUACCGUAAUUUUGGCUAGAGCUGAUCCGCUAACGCCGUGUUUGGUUGGUCCGGAAUUUUCUGGUACACUAAUCGGAGGUUUUCAUU